UGCCUAAACCAUGUUUCAACGUGUUUAACAAAUAGCGAAAAAGAAAGUGAAUUGUUAGAGAAACGAAAGUUAUCAGAAACCCAAGAAAGAGUUAUUCGACGUUCGUUUGAACAUUGAUCACAUUAACACCAAUGACAACAAGAGCUGCUCGCAUUCUUCAAAACCAAAAUAUCAAUGUCCACGCUAAUGGAGCAGGAACUGUUUCUGGGAAGGCAGAUUUAGCAGGACAGAAGAAAGCUAGGGCUGGGGGAAGAAAGCCACUUGGAGAUCUAUCCAAUGCAGGGAACCCCAUCAACCAAUUUGAUGGAAAGAAAGCCCUUGAUGGUUCGUUGAACAAAGGCAAGCCUUCUGUUAGUCAGGCUUCCAAACUGCUCAUGUCAAAGAAUCUUGAAAGUGACAAAAGAAUUGCCACCAAAGCUUCUGAGAAAUCGCUUACUGGUAGCAGGAAAGCACUUUCUGACAUUUCAAACUCGGGGAAGCCAAUUGUUCCUGAGAUAAAAAACAAAAACACCCUGAAACCAAGUUUGUUGAUAGAGGAAUCUCUUCAUCCCAGUGCAAUUGCUGAGGAACAAAUCUUGCAUGAUCAUAAAAAAUGUAUCAAAUCACAGUUUGAAGCUGCAGAUAUGCAUCAAUUCUUCAAGACUGUUGGACUCGAGGAUGAUUCAAAUGAUCACGUGCCAAUUUCCUUUGAACUGUCUGCAAUAAGUAAACGGAAGUCUGAGAGUGCAUACUUAGAGUUGGAGGAGGUACCUGAGCGGUUGCCCGAAGUGCAGUUACUAUCUGCUCUGCCUGGUUCCCCUGCAACACAUUGCAAGACUCCAAGCUUAUCAAGUUACCGCACAUUGUGGAAUGACUCUACUGUCAAUUUCAAGUUGAUAGAGACACCGAAAUUGUUCAAAAAUUGAUUUCUCCUGCGACAAUGUAAAAACUUGAUAAUGGGUAGUCUAGUAGAUAUUUUGUGCCCACAGAUGUGUUGGCAAUGAUUGUGGUAUUUUUUAAAAUUUUUUUGGCAAGACAUGUUUUGUUCAUCUUAGAUUGAUAGUUUUUUUUUUCGGUAGGAAUUUUCUGCCCCGAGUCAUUUCAAUGAAUGUUUUCUUCAUUAUGGGCGCAAAACUUUUUCUUUCCAGAUUCUGUCCUGAAUUUUCGUGAUGAAGCAAUUCUAAUUUGA